AUGAGCACCGCCGAACUAGAGUCUCCCCGCCUCUUCGAGGUAAAAGGCUACGUCGCUGUAGUCACCGGCGCAAGUAGCGGUAUCGGGCUAAUGGCCGCACAGACACUUGCUGCCAACGGGGCACGCGUGUACGCCAUAGGACGCCGGGAAGAAGUCCUAGAGACUGUCGCCGAGAAGUUCUCGACCAAUGGCCAGAUCAUGCCCCUGCCAGGAGACAUCUCGCACACCGACGCAGUGGCCGACAUCGCCGCGGAACUCACAGCCCGCGAAGACAAGUGGAUCAACAUCCUGAUCAACACAUCAGGUGUCACCUCUGAGCCACACGCCAAAGCCGAGUCCGGGGCCAUUGACUUCACAGACGCAGACGCAGUGGGCAAAUGGAUGGUCCGUGACGGUGCCCACGCAUGGCGCAUGGCCUACGCGGGCAAUGUGGCCGCGCACCACUUCCUAACCGCUGCGCUGCUCCCGCUGCUCGAUAAGGGACAGCAGGCCACGAUGCCGGGGCACACGAGCACGAUCCUCAACGUGGCGAGUCUGGCGGGCGUGACGAAGACACAUUCGCAGGGCCAGUUUGCGUAUAGCUCGAGUAAGGCGGCGCUGUUGCAUCUCACGCGGGAGUGGGCGCAUACGUUCAUGCCCUUGGGUAUUAGGGUUAAUUGCAUUGCGCCCGGUUUAUUUCCGUCGGAGCUGAAUACGGAACGGAAGGCUGGGGAGGCGCACAUGUCGAAGCUGGCUGGGGCAGGUGAGAAGUUUCCUGCUGGGCGCAUUGGUCGAGGAUCAGAUAUCGGCGGCGUCGUGCUCUAUCUCUGUUCUCGGGCUGGGUCGUAUGUCAAUGGGCAGAUCAUCAACCUGGAUGGAGGACUGCUGCUUAAAUCUCCGGGGACAUUGUGA